AGUCACUUAAGUAAAUUCAUUACCAAAAUGUUCAAAUUAGUAGUUUUAUUAGCUUGUGCUAUCACAGUAUCAAUCGUUGAAGCUGGAUAUCUUGGUAAUUCUUAUGCGCUAGGAUUAGGAAAUAGUUACGGAUAUGGUGGUUAUGGAUAUGGUGGUCAUGGAUAUGCAGCGCUUCCAGCAGCAGUUAGUCAUCAAUCGAAUGUUGCAAUUCAUAGUAAACCAAUCAUCGCUGCACCUGUAAUCAUUAAACCACAAUUAAUUGCUGCUAUUCCAGCUGCCACCAGUCAUCAAUCCCGUGUGGAUUUAAUUAGCAAACCAAUUGUAUCUUAUGCUGCUCCACAUUUAUCUUAUGGUUCCAGUUAUGUUGCAGCAUCACCAAUUGUUAGUGGACUUUAUGGAAAUGGUUACAAUGGAUUAUCUGGAUACAGUUCAGCUUAUGGACAUGGUUAUGGAUACGGAAAUAACUAUUAUGGAUCUCAUUAUUAAAUCGACUGAUUAGUUUAUAUAUCCUUUAUUUUAUCUGUAUGCUAUUACAUUCAUUUCUCUUAUUGAUGUAAAAUAUUCUUUUAAUUA